AUGGCGAAACGAAAGCGCGGCGAUCGCGACGAGCGACCUCCUGCCGAUGUUGGCCUCGGUGCGACAUUGGCGCACAUGCGCGGCGAAGCGCAACCCGACGAUGCGACCACAACCCCAGCUAAUGGUAACGAAGAGGGCUGGACAGUAGUCGGCGGAACGAAGAGGAGACGGAAGGAACGCGGCCCACAUGACGACCAGAACAGGCAUCGCGCCUCGAACUCGCCUCCAUCAACUCGCAAUGCUACUCUCGACAACCCGUUUGCGGGCAAAGGCGCGCAGCUGGGGACUCGAGCUUCCCCUACCAAUAACCCCUUUGUCACAUACAAAGCUGGCUCUGAACAGUCAAGUGAGAACAUGACGAGGGAGGAACGUAGGAAAGAGCGCAAGCUGCAAAGGAGCUAUCCGGCCAUUGAGCAUUCACAUCAUGCCCGUCUCAACUCGCACGUGAAGAUUACAGACUUGCAGUCCUUGGUGCUCUACCUGCUUGCGGAUGGUAAUGCGCCGCAGUGGGUUUCUGUACGCAGCCGUGCAAAUAUCCAACAGGUCGUAAUGCUCAUGGUUCCGGGAUUAGACCUGGGCAUGUUCAACGGCGAUGUUGCUUUGGAUACCGCACCACAGCCUGAAACUUCUGCCGCAGCGUCAACAACCGAAACGGAUGCAAAGCCCAAACGGCUGAACAUUUCGCGUGAUGACUUCUAUCCGGCUAGUCUCAAGGCGGACAAAUUACCUGCAUCACUGAAGCCUCUCGCUGACAUCUUUGAGCAUGUGUGGCCUAUCAAGGCGAUAGGAGAGCAUCGCAACAACCAAUACAUGAGGGUGCAUUCACCCAUUCAUACCAUGCUAACCUCACAAAUCCCUAAGACUCAAGAAGAGAAGCAGAUGAAGAAGACUGGGAACCACAAAGGUCCCACGCCGCAGAAUUCAAAGCAUUGGGAGAACAAGCGCACUCGCAUUACCGAGUACAUCGCCUCCCUCAUGGAACAGCAAGAAAACGAAUACGUACUGCAUCCAGCUAUGUUCACAACCUCAGAAUCCAAAGAGGCCAACUACGAAAGAAGGAAACUGGCCCAUCAGACUGCCGAUGAUGGUUGGGUCGAUACUAGGGUCGCCACUUUAGAGGAAGGUGAUGUGCCCGAGAGGGACAUUGAACAAGGGAGCCUGACCGCUGGAAGACACAUCAUAUCCGUCGACUGUGAGAUGUGCAAAGCUGAGAAUGACCAGCUUGUACUCACACGCAUCAGUUUAUUGAACUGGGACGGCAGCACGGCUCUCGACAAGCUUGUCAAGCCAGAUGUCACCAUUAAGGAUUACCUGACCCAGUGGUCUGGUAUUACAGCAGCCAUGCUCCAAGAUGUCACAACCACUCUAGCGGACAUCCAGAAGGAGCUAUUGGAACUGAUCACACCGCGUACGAUUCUCGUGGGACACUCGCUAAAUUCCGACCUCAACGCACUCAAACUGACCCAUCCCUUUAUCAUCGACACAGGCAUCCUGUACCCGCACCCUCGUGGACCACCAUACAAGCAGUCGCUGAAGUGGCUCGCGCAAAAAUAUCUCAAACGCGAGGUUCAGAAGGGAUCAUCAGGCCACGACAGUGUAGAAGAUGCUCGGACAUGUCUCGAUCUAGUCAAACAAAAGUGUGAAAAGGGCCCGCGCUGGGGAUCGGGCGACACAAACGCGGAGUCCAUUUUCAAGAGGAUGGAUCGUUCCUUACGACCGAAAUCCAACGACGCACAUCGUGCCGGAGCUGUCAUCGACUGGGGGGAUCCGAACAGAGGCCAUGGUGGUCAAGCUCAAGUUUCUAUAGGCUGCAAGACGGAUGCAGAAGUAGUAGAAGCUAUUGAUCGUACAUUAAAAGGUCAAGCUGAAGGCAAGGAUGGUACUACAGACAAGAUUGACUUUGUCUGGGGACGCCUGCGAGAACUAGAGCUCGCAAGGGGUUGGUGGGACGACGCGAAGACAGCCGACGUUGAGCUCAUCCGACAAAACGCUUUGCAACGACUGGGUCUUCUGAAGGAUGGUGAAGACGUAGACGUGGAAGUUCGUGGAUCUGAGCUCGGCGAUGCCGUCUCCAAGACCAUUGAGCGCAUUGGGCAGAUAUACGACGCUUUGCCACGCUGCACGGCCUUUAUUGUGUACAGUGGGACAGGCGAUCCUCGAGAGAUUCGUCGCUUGCAAGCAAUGCAACAGCAGUAUCGUCGCGAAUACGCUACCAAGAAUUGGGACAACCUUAGUGUCAAAUGGACGGAUACGGAGGUGCAGGCUCUUUCGAGAGCCUGUCAAGAGGCUCGCAACGGCGUGGGAUUUAUCGUUGUCAAGUAA